CCCAGCCAUCCUUUUUUCUGAGAAUCCUCCCCAAACGUCAGCCGGUGAAUUGGGACAGCGCCCCCAACGGGCCAGCCGGCAAGAACGCUCCCGGCCCCAAACCAGGAGGGGCCGCCCUCUGGGGCAGAGCAGCCAGAAUUCACCCGCACGUCUGUCCCUACUUGGUCACCGUCCGGACACAGCCCGGCAGGGCCUGGUCACAUCUGGGAGAGCUUCCGUCCGCCGGGACCUGCAGCCACAGCCCCUGCAUCUGCCCGCUGCGGAGGACACAGAACAGUCAGAGCCCCGGCUCCGGCGCGGGAAAGUUGGCGCGGGGAAGAGUUCAGAAGUGGGCGGGAGUGUGUUUAAAAAAAAAAAGGGUGGAAACCCCACCAGCCAAGUCCGCAGAAAAAAUAACUGAAGUCUGCCUAUCGGGGCCGGAGCCCCUCCCCGCGGCCCGCGCAGAGGAGCCGACCCAGGGCCGCUUCCUCCGGCUGCGCAGGGUCAGCGCAGGCCCUGCGACCCCGCACCCUCCGCCGGCCCCUGGCCCUGCGCGCCGCGACGGCACCGUCCCGGCCAUCGCCGAUGAGCAGCCUCAACGCCACUUCGCCCGGCCGCCACGACCCCGGCCCCGGGAUGGCGUGGACCACAAUGGACAUAGCCAUCAUGGCAGGAGUGAUCACCGCCGUGGCCUUCUUCCUGGUCGGCCUGCUCCUGCUCAUACUGCACUACAUGUACCGGCACAAGGGCACGUACCGCACGCAUGAGGACAAGGGCACAGAGUUUGCCGAGAGCGCAGACGCGGCCCUGCAGGGCGACCCGUCGCUCCAGGAUGCUGGGGACAGCAGCAGAAAGGAGUACUUUAUCUGAGGGCACAGACCUCACCUCCCCCAGCGCCUCCUCCUCCUCCAGGACUUCACGCCGCCACCAAGCAGACCUCCGGAGCACCCCCUGGGCCCAAGCCAUACGCGUGGCCUGGAACCCUGGGCUGGGGCGCGGGAGGAGAGGAGGAGCCCAGAUGCGGAGGCCCCUCCCAGGGACGGUGACCCCCAGGUGCCAGCCUUUGUCUGCAGGGGAAAUUCGGGGUCCUCUGGGCAGUGCAGUUGUCAUCUGCGCACGUGUGAGUCCCUGCUGGGUGUGAGUAGGGUGGGGGCUGGGGAAGCAAGAAAUGAGUCAGGCUAUGCUGACUGGGACGAUGGCAUCAAAUGUCAGCCCUUGACAUUUGGGGGAGCAGCAGGUGACGGAGCUGAAGUGCCUUUGUCUUCCAUUGAUCCACCUCUAAGUGAUAGGAAAUAAAUCUGAAACAUAACUGAGCAUCCAGA